AUGAUGUCUUCACGCUUCUCCAGAGCUCUUCCCAGAGCGACCGGCUCAGUAGCCCGCUCGGCAGGCUUUGCUCGCCAGCCCUUUGCCUCCAAGUUUGCUCGCUAUGAGUCUACCGCUUCUGAGGGCAAGGUCCAGGGCUCCGUCAUCGGUAUCGAUCUCGGUACCACCAACUCUGCCGUCGCCAUUAUGGAGGGCAAGGUCCCCAAGAUCAUCGAGAACUCUGAGGGUGCCCGCACAACGCCAUCCGUCGUUGCCUUCGCCCAGGACGGCGAGCGUCUCGUCGGUGUCGCCGCCAAGCGCCAGGCCGUCGUCAACCCCGAAAACACCCUCUUCGCCACCAAGCGUCUUAUCGGUCGCAAGUUCACCGAUGCUGAGGUCCAGAGAGAUAUCAAGGAGGUCCCUUACAAGAUCGUCCAGCACACCAACGGUGACGCCUGGGUUCAGGCCCGCGACCAGAAGUACUCUCCAUCUCAGAUUGGUGGCUUCGUUCUCAACAAGAUGAAGGAGACCGCUGAGGCCUACCUGUCGAAGCCCGUCAAGAACGCCGUUGUCACCGUCCCUGCCUAUUUCAACGACUCUCAGCGUCAGGCUACCAAGGAUGCCGGUCAGAUUGCUGGUCUGAACGUUCUCCGCGUCGUCAACGAGCCCACUGCUGCCGCUCUGGCCUACGGUUUGGAGAAGGAGGAUGAUCGCGUCGUCGCUGUCUACGACCUUGGCGGUGGUACCUUCGAUAUCUCGGUUCUUGAGAUCCAGAACGGUGUCUUCGAGGUCAAGUCCACCAACGGUGACACCCACUUGGGCGGUGAGGACUUUGACAUCCACCUUGUCCGCCACCUUGUUCAGCAGUUCAAGAAGGACUCCAACAUUGACCUGUCCGGCGACCGCAUGGCCAUCCAGAGAAUCCGUGAGGCUGCUGAGAAGGCCAAGAUCGAGCUGUCUUCGUCUCUCUCCACCGAUAUCAACCUGCCCUUCAUUACUGCCGAUGCCUCCGGCCCUAAGCACAUCAACCAGAAGCUCACCCGUGCCCAGCUCGAGAAGAUGGUUGACCCCCUCAUUACCCGUACCAUUGACCCCGUUCGCAAGGCUUUGAAGGACGCCAACCUCCAGGCCAAGGACAUUCAGGAGGUUAUCCUCGUCGGUGGUAUGACCCGUAUGCCCAAGGUCUCCGAGUCCGUCAAGAGCAUUUUCGGUCGCGACCCCGCCAAGUCUGUCAACCCUGACGAGGCUGUCGCCAUUGGUGCUGCUAUCCAGGGUGCCGUUCUGUCUGGUGAGGUCAAGGACCUUCUUUUGCUCGACGUCACUCCUCUCUCCCUCGGUAUCGAGACCCUUGGUGGUGUCUUCACUCGCCUCAUCAACCGUAACACCACCAUCCCCACCAAGAAGUCCCAGACUUUCUCCACUGCUGCCGACUUCCAGACUGCUGUCGAGAUCAAGGUCUACCAGGGUGAGCGUGAGCUUGUCCGUGACAACAAGCUUCUUGGCAACUUCCAGCUCGUGGGCAUCCCUCCUGCCCACCGUGGUGUUCCCCAAAUCGAGGUUACCUUUGACAUUGACGCCGACUCCAUCGUCCACGUCCACGCCAAGGACAAGUCCACUAACAAGGACCAGUCCAUCACCAUCGCUUCUGGCUCUGGCCUGUCCGACUCUGAGAUUCAGCAGAUGGUUGAGGAUUCUGAGAAGUACGCCGAGGCCGAUAAGGAGCGCAAGGGUUCCAUCGAGGCUGCCAACCGCGCUGACAGCGUCCUGAACGACACGGAGCGUGCCCUCAACGAGUACGCUGACAAGUUGGACAAGGCAGAGGCCGACGGCAUCCGUGAGAAGAUUGCCUCUCUCCGCGAGUUCGUCUCCAAGAGCUUGGCUGGUGAGGGCACUGCCACCGCCACCGAGAUUAAGGAGAAGACCGACGAGCUCCAGGUUGCCAGCUUGAACCUCUUCGACAAGAUGCAUAAGGCUCGUGCCGAGUCUGGCGAGCAACCCGCCCAGGACGCCAACGCCUCCGAGAACAAGGACGAGAAGAAGCCUUAA